UAGUAGUAGUAGUAGUAGUAGUAGUAUAAAAUUAGUAUAUACUCAUGUACAAGUCUGGAAAUUUUAGUAAAAAGAAUUACCCCAAAAGCCUAGGUUGACUUAUCCAUGGGUCAGUGUAUGUUGUGUACUUUAACUAUUAUCAAAAAAAGGAACUAUCCCCUUUGAGUAGAGUGGUGAAAAGCGAGAGCUUAGUCCAUCCUGAGAAAACCUAAAAGAAGCACUAACCCCCUCGACUCUCUUUCUUGCCAUGUCCCUUCUGACCUAUUUAAAUGCCAGGAGAGGAAAAAAAAUGUGUGAUGGCAGCUCUUUCUCACUUUCCUUCAAAGACCAGUCAUGGAAAUCCAGUUUGGAUUUGGAAAUCCAAAGACCAGUCACUGCCUUAGCUCCAUCGGACAUUGCAUGGUUUUGGCAGGAUUUCUAAUUACUUUCCAACUCUAAAAGAAUGCCAGAGUCUCCAACUUGGGAAUUGUUGCUUUGAUUCCCUACAGCCUUGCAGAAUCUGGAUGUUCUGCAUGAAAAGUGAAUGGAGGAAACUUCAGCAGGAUGUAUCUCAAAGUGAUCUUUUAGUGUUUUAACAGCUUCGCUUCAGAGAUGUGUUAUCUUAUUUGGUGUUGAACACCAAAGGUGUUCAGCUAGGCCUAGUUAAUGAUCAAAAAAGUGAAAAGCACAGCCUUCCACUAAGUGAACUGAUGACGAUCAUGCGGCCUCUUGACUAAUGUCUAUAAAAAUACACACUCAGUCAAAAUCUUUCCACACGGCAGCAUCUGCUUCAAAUAAGCCCUGGGUGGGAGAGGAAAAGAACCAGCCCUACCAUUCGGCGGAGUGAGGUGUUCCAUCAGGCAGCAGGUUUAGGAUGUCAUGAGAAGAUAGUAACUUGUUAGUUAUUUAAAAUUGCAUUUUUAUUUUAUUUUUUGCCGGGAACCGAGCAAAGUGCCUUGUGAGAUUUUCCUGCCCCAUGUGCCAGAAUAUCUCAACUGGCUUUGAGUAAAUCAAUCCACCUUGACUUGGGUGAGUGGGAGGCAGCAAAAAUGUCUUGUCCAAACUCUGUUGCUAGGAGAGACUGGAAAAAUGGAAUUGAUCCAGCCGUUCUAAUUAGAUUUGCAGUAUCAAACCGCAACUCGGACCUCCCAGGUAACAACGGACACUCUCCACUUUGGUUUGAUAGAUGAAGGAGAAAAAGACGGGGAGGCAGAGCCAGCUGUUCAAUGAGGCCUGCUUAAGUGGCAGAUGAUGUUGAUGGAUGGCUAUGAAAUGCUGCCUUAUUUGUUAUGCUUAACUGGGGAAAGGGGCCAAAGCACUCAAAAGAUCAAACUCUCCUAACAGAUUCCCCAGGAGAUGUGGCAUUUAACCAGGUUUUUAUACCAGGCUGCUGAUCUAGUUAGAUGGGGAGACAAGGGCCUUUGCUGAAUGUGAUGUAAGCUAAAUAUGAUGUAAAUGUAACAGUUCCUAGUAAGAGAUCCUGUAGAAGGCAAAGCUGCACACCUGUGAGUUUGUGGAAGCAUCUAGCAAACCUUUUGCAAGGAGGUAAGAAGCUUCUCAGUACCCAUGCCAUGUAUCUGUGUGUUAAUUUAAGCAAUGUCUUUUUUGUAGUUGUAAUGAUUUGUUAUAACAAUGGAGACUGUGUUUAUUAUUAUUAUUAUUAACCUUUAUUUAUGAAGCGCUGUAAAUUUAUACAGAGUUUAAAUUUUAGAGUCCUGUUGUCCCUCUCCCAAAUCCACCACUAACACCAUCCACGAAUACUAGCCUGGCCAUUCCUCAAAGUAUGGCAAUUAACUGACUUUGCUAGGUUUUUGAUUCAUUAAAUGCUGAGUGUGUAAAUUUGAUUUUUCUGUUUUCUUGCUUCCAGCAGGUAUACAGACACCUCCUUUUUGCUGCAUUGCUAACUUCAGGGGCCAAUUAAUAUUGCAAGCCUACACUGUCAUGUUCUGUAGGGAAUUUAAACAUAUUACCCAAUCUUGGGGAGACCAUGUAAGCUGAAUCUCAAUACAGCGUUCUAGGAGCAUCUUUAAACAUGAUGCCUAAGUGUAGAUCUUUUACAAGAUGAGAUAAUAUCCAUCGUCUCUUGAUAAGGAGAAGUAAGCUUCGGUCAGAAAUGGCUUCCUUUUCAUUGAACAUCUCUUUUGGAAACGAUACAGACUCUUAUGAAGAGCCUUCCUUUUCCUUGUUUGAGAUUCCUGUCUUGAUACCGGUGACCAUCAUUUGUAUCAUCUUGUUUUUCAUGGGAAUAGUUGGAAAUGUGACCAUUAUACUCAUUUUUAAGCGCUACAAGGGGAUGAGGACAACAGUAAAUAUGUAUUUAUCCAGUAUGGCUUUGUCUGAUAGUUUGAUCUUCCUUGGCUUGCCUUCUGACUUGUAUAGGAUUUGGAAAUAUCAACCGUACGUCUUUGGUGACUUUCUCUGCAAGUUUAACGUCUACCUCAGCGAAACCUGCACUUACUGCAGCAUACUGCAUAUAACCACCUUGAGUGUCGAGAGAUAUUUUGCCAUCUGUUUUCCUUUGAAAGCUAAAGUGGCCAUUACGAAAAGUCGGGUCAAAGGCAUCAUCCUGCUAAUAUGGUUUUGCUCUCUCCUGACUGCCACCCCGAUUCUCUUUCUCUUUGGUGUAGAGCACCACAACGGAAGCCUGCCAGAAGAAACAAAUGAGUGCAAAUGCAUUGAGGAAGCAGCUCGCUCGGGGCUUCUUAAAACAAUGGCAUGGCUUUCCACCCUUUACUUUUUCCUCCCUGUGUCUUGCUUGGUUCUCCUCUAUGGGAUGAUCUGUAGAAAGCUCUGGAGAACUGCACACGAACUAGAAGGGCAGCAUGCGGCAACCAGGGAGAGGCAUCACCAACAAACCAUCAAGAUGCUAGUGGUAGUCGUGGCUUUCGUGCUGUGUUGGCUCCCGUUACAUGUUGGCCGCAUCCUAUUCGCUCAAGGAAGUAUGGUCCUCUAUGAGAUCAGCCAAUACUUCAACCUUGUCUCAAUGCUGCUGUUUUACCUUGGAGCAUCGGUGAACCCAAUCCUUUACAAUGUCAUGUCCCAAAAAUACAGGAAAACUGUGUGUAAGUUUCUCCAUCAUGGCCCGAUUUGGCAGUCAAGGCACUUCAGCAGGAAUGAUAAGGCUUCUGUUGAAGGUGUGGAAAUCAGUUCCUUCGUGUAAAACAAUUUCGGAAUAAGUAAAGAUAUCAUCACCUUAGACUGCAAGAUCUUUCUUUCCCAUAUUUCUUUCAAAUGCAGUGGAGGCUGAUACUUUACUCUUACCUUACCCAGCCUGCCUGAGAGGGGUUUGCAAAAGCAAAUGCGUGUUAAUAAUUUAAUAAAAUCUAUUAGAGUAACAUUAUUUUAUUUUUCCACUGACUUUGAGGAGAGUCUCAGCUAGUCUUCUAAUGCCUGUAAUUUCAAUGUUUUCCAUGAAAACAGCAUGUAAUUUGCAGGGUUUUUAGUUAUGGCAAGCUUUGCCACAUUUCAGAGAUUGGAUAAAGGCCAUAAACACCCUCGGCUGACAUUCUGGUGGUUAAUCCCAACUAGAGUAGACCCAUUCAAUUCAGUUGUUCAAUCUGAGUCAUCACAUAUAUAUUGGACUAAAUUGGCCUAUAGCUGCUAGACUCAAUCAAUAGCUAAGCUGACAUUGCUACAUGCUGUCCUUAUCCCCAGUCCUUUCUUAUUAUGCCUUUGCUCUGAACAGUUAACAAUCUAGUGCCUCCAAUGUAAUGCUAUUAAAAGGGAAACAGAUGGAAUGUCAUUUCUUGUUCCACACCUUCUCCUAUUCAUUUUAUGUUGCAUUUCUUUAAAAACAAAAGCAAAUGCAUACCCCAAAAUAUCAGCCUUUGGGGAUCCCAUGGGUAGGGAAAUGUUGGUCUUUCAGAUGCUUUUGACCACCCUCUUAUUGUCUCUGAUCAUUGGCUAAUAGUAGUCAUGAUGAAAUGCACCAGGUUGUGGAAGGCUGCAAUAGAGAAUUGGUUUAGUCUGAUGUUUUAAUGUUUCAUAUGCAGUAUGUGUUUGAAUGACACAGUUGUAGAAGGUUGAAACGGAUCUGUGGUGGAUAGUAAAUACAGCAUGACAGCCUUCCUUGAACAGGUGCUCUCUAGGUAUGUUGGACCAUGUCUGAACUAUAGUAUGUUAGACUACAUCUGGAAGUCACAAGGUCUUUCAAAAGCGGCUGCUUCUUGGGGCGCGCUGGCCUUCCCAAAACAGUUUGAGCCCUUCAUUCCAUGAUCAUUCAUUAACAAGACUUGUUUGACAAUUUUCAUUGUCUUAAAUUUAAUCCCUUAGUAACUCAGGUACUGGUUCAUCUAACUUGCAUGUCUAUUGUACAUACUGUAUAUACAGGAGCUAAAGUUGAAGUUCCUUCCUCUGUAUUUUUACUAUCGCACACAGUAAAUCCACAAACCCGAUGUGAACAAUU